AUGAAGCCCACACCAAUGCUGAAAGAUGAGCUGGACAUCGUGAUACCCACGAUUCGAAACCUGGAUUUCCUUGAGAUGUGGCGACCGUUCUUUGAACAGUACCAUCUGAUUAUCAUUCAAGAUGGUGAUCCUUCCAAAACCAUCAACAUCCCGCAAGGGUUUGACUACGAGCUCUACAACAGGAACGACAUCAACCGAAUCUUGGGUCCCAAGGCUUCUUGCAUUUCCUUCAAGGACUCUGCUUGUCGUUGCUUUGGUUACAUGGUCUCCAAGAAGAAGUACAUCUUCACCAUUGACGAUGAUUGCUUUGUUGCAAAGGAUCCAUCUGGAAAAGAGAUCAAUGCGCUUGAGCAGCAUAUCAAGAACCUCUUGACUCCAUCAACUCCACAUUUCUUCAACACACUCUAUGAUCCAUACGGAGAUGGGGCAGACUUUGUUCGUGGAUACCCUUUCAGCAUGCGUGAAGGUGCUAUCACCGCGGUCUCUCAUGGCCUCUGGCUCAACAUCCCUGACUAUGAUGCUCCAACUCAGCUUGUGAAACCUCUUGAAAGAAACACCAGGAAAUUUGAACAAACCAGUUUUGCUAUGCCUCCUUUUUUUCUUGAACCAGUGCUUCUGUUUUACUUACUGGUUAGUGUUUUGGUUAAAUGCAGGUAUGUUGAUGCGGUCAUGACCAUUCCCAAAGGAACUCUGUUCCCUAUGUGCGGUAUGAAUCUUGCUUUUGACCGGGAGCUGAUUGGUCCGGCUAUGUAUUUCGGACUUAUGGGUGACGGACAGCCCAUCGGACGCUACGACGACAUGUGGGCUGGUUGGUGUGUCAAGGUGAUAUGUGACCACAUGGGAUGGGGAGUGAAGACAGGUUUGCCAUACAUAUGGCACAGCAAAGCCAGCAACCCACUCGUGAACCUGAGGAAGGAAUACAAUGGAAUCUUCUGGCAGGAGGAGGCUAUACCUUUCUUUCAAUCUGUGACUCUUCCUAAAGAGUGCACUUCUGUGCAGCAAUGCUACAUUGAGAUGGCUAAGCUUGUGAAAGAGAAACUCGGGAAGGUGGACCCUUACUUCAUCAAGCUUGCAGAUGGAAUGGUCACUUGGAUCGAAGCUUGGGAUGAGAUUAACUCUCCAGACGGAGCUAAGGCCAAGGCACCAGUCGGAAAAGAUAAGUAA